AUGUCUUCCGUAUCCAACAAAGAUGUUGCGUUAUACAUCAUCAACUUUUUAAAGCAGUCGGUGGCAGACAAGACAAUUGCUGAGGACUAUGUUGAAUCUAUGGAUGUUGCAAUUGACUGCAUCGCCGAUGCGUUUGAAGUGAACAAGGACGACGACAAGAAGGCCUUGACCCAAUUUGGAGGUAAAUCGUUGCCUGAGUUGUUGAAGGGCUUUGCUUCGAGCUCAGCUGCCUCAUCGUCAAAUGAUAAGACCGACAAGCCAUCACCCGUGAUUGUAGAUGAUGAAACCAAGGCCAAGGCCGACGCGUUGAAAGUGGAGGGAAACAGAUUUAUGGCAUCCAAGGAUUACCCAGCUGCUAUUGCCAAGUACACCGAGGCAAUUGCGUUGGACCCUACUAAUGUCGUCUACCUUUCCAAUAGAGCAGCAGCCUACUCAUCUGCCAGAGACCACCAGCAAGCAAUUGAAGAUGCCAAAAAGGCCAUCCAAUUGAACCCCGAAUUCUCAAAGGCCUACUCGAGAUUGGGCUUGGCUGAAUUUGCCCUUGGAAACCCAAAAGCUGCCAUGGAAGCCUACCAGAAAGGGUUGGAUGUCGAAGGAGAAACCAAGAGCGAGGCUAUGAGAAAAGGCUACGAAACUGCAAAGAAAAGAGUCGAAGAGCAAUUAGAAGAUUCCAUCAGUACAACAGAUAGAGAUGACGGUGCUUCGCGUGGUGGCGCUGGUUCAGGUGCCGGUGCCGGUGGUUUACCCGAUUUUGGAUCCAUGUUUGGUGGAGCUGGUGGACCUGGGGGUGGUAUGGGUUCAUUUGCUGAUAUGAUGAACAAUCCACAAUUGAUGCAAGCUGCUCAACAGAUGAUGUCGAACCCUGAUGCCAUGCAGAAUAUCCUCAAUAAUCCAGCUAUACGUCAAAUGGCCCAGUCCAUGGGUUUGGGUGGACCAGAUGGCCCGGAUUUAUCCAAUUUGAUGAACAAUCCAAUGUUUAGCCAGUUCAUGGGUAGAGGUAGCCAAGGCGAUAAUAACGAGUCAUGA